AGUUUUGUCCACGGAUUUUUACGGUUUUGUGCAUCACGAAUUAAGUUAUUAGGAAAUAUUUUAAUUCGUGCAAAUAAUAAAAGUUUUUAAGUAAUUAUUUAUUAGUAUAAUUCUACUUAAUUGGCUUUGUCUUUCAAUCCAAAAGUAAAAUAGACACUGCGAUGUUUAAAUUGUUUUCAUCAGUCACCAUGCAACCGAGUGUAUUGGUCGCUUCAAGGAGUAUAUCAACAUGUGGAGGACCAUUAUUCUUCCGUUCAUCUGUACCCAUGUUUGCUGAGCCAUUGAAAAAAAAGAAACGUUUGGAUCCACAGAUAUUAAAAGCUAGGGAAGAUAGAAAACGUAAAAAAAUAGAAAAAUCCAUUAGAAAAUUGGAGAAGGUAUCUAAAACAUUAAAACCUAUUGAUGAGGUACAAUUAAUGGCUUCAUUAUCCAAUGAACUUGAUAGUCGUCAAAGACCAAUUGUAGUACAUAGUAAUGAUAAGCUCGAGGAACGAAUAGUUGCAGCAAAGGCAUGGUCAAUGUAUAAGCAUGAUGAACACUUUUUCAAUCUUCAAGUUAUCAACGACCUAGAGUAUUCACAGCAACGAGCAUUGAAUGAGUUACGUGAAGUUUCUGAAGAUUUGUAUCAAGCUGCUGUUGACAUUGAUGAAUCAUUAUUGACAUGUCAACUAACUGGACCAGUAGAAACUCCUCCGAUUGAAAACUACCAAAGUCCUGAUGGAGAAUAUAUUGAUAUUUCAAAAAAAUGGGACUAAAAUAAAUGUAGCUUGUGUUUAAAAUUAUUCAUGAAAGAUUUAAAUACAUAAAUAAAUUAUUAGAUUUUGUAACAUUUGGGAUAUAUCUAUUUGUUUUAUAAAUUUUGAAAAAAUUGAUAAUUUCAAUGUUGUAAAUUUAAAUAUAUUCACCAGCACUUGGUGAUAUUUAUCAUGCAAUUUUUCCAAUAUUGUUUUGUUAGCUACAGUAUACACAAGAAUGAAUAUAUCUUUCAAAAUAAACUAUUUUUUACAAGUAUUACAAUUCAAAAAUUUACAAAAUUCUGAAAUAUACAAUACAGCAUCAAUUUUAUUAUAAAUACUAUAGACUGCUCACUGGACGAUUUUUAAUCUUGCCAUCUACUGGUAGUAAAUAUUUUGUGCCUCUGAAAAACCGGACAGUCAGCAAUCUAUAGUAUAUAGAUAUAUAGUAUACUCUAUAGUAUUUAUAAUUAUUAAUCAAUAAAUACAGUUAUAAAUAACAGUC